UGCCAUGGAGACCCCCGCCCCCGCCUCCUAGAAGCGCUCGGGAGGCCCGCACCUCCCGGGACAGGUGUCCUCAGCCCGCCGCAGCCAUGGCGCAGGGUGUGGAGGGCAGCGACCCCAUCGGAUCCAUCCUAAUCCAGGUCCAUGAGGACCUUCAUCAAUUAAAGGAGAAAUUAACAAAAUUCUCAAGUGAGGAGACAAAAGACCCCCUAGACAUUCAAAAUCUUGAGACAGCAAUCCAAAGGACCGAAACGGGAUUAAAAAUUCACAUUGAGAAGUAUCUAGAUAUUGUAAACCACCAGGUGUUAAUGGCUCCUGUGGACAAAAGCUUACAGUCUCCUCUGACUUCCAAAUGGAUGAUUCCAACUGUAGUUGACCAGAAAGCCUUUAUUUUCCCCUUGGAGUCUGAGGAUAAACUGUGGCAACCUCAAAAGCAGCCUGGUUCACUUUCACAUGGCCUUACAAAAGCAAAGCCAAAGAUAGAGUUGAAUGUAAAGAUCCUGCAGGAUCCAGAGAACAUGCACCACAGAGCUGCUGUAAAUGCCAACUAUGGGAUCAGUUUGCCAUAUAUCAACCGGAGAAAAGCACAGGAGAGGGUUCAGCGGUUAAUAAAAGGGUCCACGAUAUCCAACCUCACGGUUCUGCCAUCUGCUCAUCGCACUGAUCCCCAUUUUAUUCCCAUUCCCAUCUUGCAUAAGGAUGCCAGUAAAGGAAUCUUAAGUAUGAUAGAACGAGGGCUGAUCCCCCCAACAGCAAAGAUUACCUUAAAGAAUCCACCCAUUAAACCCCACGCAAUUCCUCUGCAUAAUUUUGAUGAGCCUCGUAAGAUUCCAUCAGAAGCCCCCUUUGCUGUAGUUCAGAAGCCACACCAGGUUCCAGCAGAAGUGGCGGAGCCUCCCAAGAAACCAAAGACAAAGGGGAAAGGCAAAAAGUCAAGAGGACUCCACACCAGGAAGGCCCUGAUCGUUACUACACCAUCUAAGACUUUGAAAUCACCGUGGGAUUAUGACUUUGUUAUUUAUGAUGGCACCAUAGAUAAGGCAGCCCCAGACUUCUUAGCAUUCAAGGCACAUUAUAGCUUAGCCUGGGGAAGUAUUGUUUCUCUCUUGGAACAAAUUGAGAAGUUUCUCAAGGACUAUGCAAUAUCAGAAGCCAAAGUAAAAGGGAAGAGUUUGAUGUCCCUGCUUCCAGAAUUUGAGCUGAAGAAUAAACUUACCAGAAGUGAUGUUCUGUUAGUGUUAGAGAACCCAGGUCACAUCCAAAUGCUGAUAAACCUUCCGGGACAGAGGUACAAGGGCCAAGAUGGGAAGACGGAGGCUGCCAUCAAGAUCCAAGCCACAUGGAAAUGUUUUAAGGCGAGAAAAUUCUUCAUUGGUUAUCGCCAGAAGAAGUGGGCCUCAGGUGUGAUCGCCCUUGCGUGGCUUUUACAUUGCCACAAGUCAAGACUAAAGAAGAUACUGAAGGAAUCUCGCCAGAGACACCUGGAGAAUUUCCGAAUUCGAGCCAAGCAUCUGGCAGCCAACUGGAGUCGCAUCAGGACCUCCAGGAGGACUAUUAUCCAUAUCCCAUCAUUAGGAUAUGACCAGUCUGUGCGAGAACACAUUUCUGAUUUGGACAUACAGCAGAACAUGCAGCUGGGGAGGAUGUGUGACAUCCUAGAUGCCAAUGUCAAUGUCAUCUACAUCUGCUCUCAUCCCAUGAAUGAUGAGUUAAAGCUGUACUACAAAAAACUCUUGAGUCUACAAGCAGCUGUCGUCUCGGGGAACUAUGAGGAUAGGAGUGACCUGCAGAACAGGUUCAGAAUUAUCACCCCUGAAGCUGUAAACAUCUUCACUAAGCAUCACAUGUCCCUGGCCACUCACCUGAUGUACAGUCCCAAGGCAAUCAAAAGAAUAAAAAAUCUCAUCCAAGGAAAGGACGCCUACAUCGUGGGCGGGCUCCUCCACAGAGACGAUUUGGCUGUAGCUGAUAUGUUGAAUGUACCCAUCCUGGGCUCAGAGCCUGAGCUGGUUCACCUUUACAGUGCCAAGUCCGGAAGUAAACGGCUCUUUGACAGUGCCAAUGUGCCAGUGCCUCCUGGAAUAUCCGACAUCUAUACUUACCAACAGAUGAUAGAACAGUUGGGCCAGUUGGUGACUGACCACCUGCAAGUCCGACGCUGGGUCUUUAAAAUGAACAUGGAAUUUGGAGGAAACGGGACAGCAUUUUGUGACAUCCCUUCCCACCUGGAUUGCUACAAGUGGGCGCUAAAGGAGAGUAAAAGAUACGGCCGUGAAGACUGGAAGAAGAAGUGGGCACAAGCGACAGAUGAAAGCAGUGCUGUUUAUGGGGUGGGAGCUACUGUGGAGUCUUAUGCAGAUGCUGGUCUUACAGGAGAAAGACCCAUGAGGAGAAUGCUGUAUGAAGCAAGAGGGCUUUGGCUCCUGUUGUGUGUGCUGUUUGUAAGAAGGUGCUACUGGAUUCCCAAAACACUAGCAGAGCACACAGAACAAGGGAAGACUUCCUUCAAUUCCUAGAGAAGCACCUCACCUUAGGUCUGGCCUUGGGGCCAUGCCAGUGCUGCUGCUCUGGCUGAUUUUCUACUUCCCAUAGUCUUUCUCAACACACAGUCACUGCUCUAGAGUGCUUCCCUUUCCCACAAGGCAGUGCAUUGGGAGGGGAGGGGAGGGGAGCUGUCAGUAUGCAGACCUCAGCUUCAUGCGAGGGGCCUGCUCAGGAGUCCCUGGAAAACCUGGCCGCCUCACCACAUGCAUAGCUGUUAAUGUGCACAGCUGACAAAAGAGAACUUUAUAUAUUACCUUGUGCCUAGUCAUGGGGAUAUGCACUUUGGUGCCUUUCUCGAUUUAAUACACUGGCAUAGUCAUUUGAGUCUACCUGUAAACUAUCACAAAGUGUUGACUAACCCACCUUCACAAUCAGAUGCAGCACUAAAAACAGGAUGAGCAAUUCAACUCAUUUUUUUUUUUUUUUUGCAUAAGCCACCAAAAAUUUUGGUUUGUUUUUACUUAUUUUCAGACAUAAUUCAGGUUUCCAUGGUAAGCACUUUUACAGGAAAGGAGUUGCAGUGGGUGGUAUUGAGAAGUACAAAAGUGAGGGGCAGUUGGCUUCACAAGGUCCCGCUGCUUUACCUCCCUUCCAGCCUGCUAGGGAACAGCCAUAACCAAAUUACUAGGCUCUCUAAGCUGCCAUCUUUAUCUGGAAACAGAUAACAGUACACCUGUCUCAUGAGGCGGUGCUGAGAAUUCAGUGAAUCCUGGGAAUUGGCUAGCAAUGUUCUUAGCAUAUGAAAGUUUAAGACAUUGUUGCUUUUUAUUAUGCAUAUUAAUUAAAUUUGUAUUAGAAGAAAAUACAAGAAAUACUGAGUGAGUAAAUACAAAUCAGUUGUUCUUUAGCAAUUCAGAAGGUUCUUUAGAAGGCUUUUGUAGCCUUAAAGAAUACUGUAGCAUGCUUCAAUUAUCAUUAUACAAGAUGCUGUCAAAAAUUCAGAAUGAUGAUCCAAUUGUCCCUAUGCUAUGAUUUUCCCAAUGAAUGCCUUUAAAAGAAUAGCCCUUGAUAGCAGCCUGGCCUCUUACCAUUUGAAAG